AUGAAUAAGUCGGCAAAUAUAAUUCGAUUUGAAGACGAUCAGCAAGGGAAACGAGCGGCAUUAUCAGAAUCUAUGCCGAACAUUCUUUAUGUUCAGGAUCGUGGAAACCCUUCUGCAGAUGGACGUAGCCUAAUGGACAAAGAUGAUAUCAGUACUGGAAAUGACGAAAGGGAAAAGAACUGGGAAAUGAAUUUAAGCGAAGAAGUUGAAACCGGUCUUAUCAAUAUGAGUCCAUCAUUUCCACGAAGCAUUGCAUCUGUGGAACAAGAAAUUAUGCCGGAAAGAGAAUUGGAAGAGAUAGACAACACGAAAUCGGAAAAGCAAGAGAAUCUUACACCAAAUGAAUGUCCAAAUUGUGAAGUCAUGCAAUCUAAAUUAUCGGCUGUUGAUGCCAAGGUAAAAGAAUAUGAAAUAAUAUACGUGGAUAAAGUCGGAACAGAGAAAUGUACAGAUGAUAAACAACAAGAAAAUUCAAGCAUUACUGACAUACAUGACAGCACUGAAGAAAUCAAGAAAUGGAAAGCUCAUUGUACAGAAUUGAAAUCGAAGUUGCAAGCUGUACAGACAGAUAUGAUGCAACAGAUGUCUGCUUAUCAAUUGAAGAUAGAUGAGGCUAUUAAUGGACGACAAAUUACACUGGCAAAAUUAGCCAAAGCUCAGGAGAAAGUCAUUUCUCUGGAAGCGGCAUUGAAACAACAGAAAGAAACAAAUAUUGCGCUAUCAAACGCUAUACAGGACAUGGAACUUAAAUCAGUGGAACGACUAGAAAAACAAAAGAGCGAAUUAAUACGUUCAGCAGAGAUGAGCUUGGCAAGAAAGGACCAGUUGUAUCGUGCCACCCAGAAUAAGGUUGUGACACUUGAAGCAAUGCUUAAAACGGCUCAUAAUGAUAAUAAGAAACUACUUCGUAAUCUUGAAUUAGCCGCUGAUAAUCUUAAAAAUAUGCAAUUCGGGGAAAUGACACGAGAAGAGUUUGAUCGCCGAAUGGAGAAAAAAUUGAAUUCGAUUAUGGAGAAGUUCAAGGAUGAAGCGAAAAGUUCAGAUCUUGCAUGGAUGGGAGAAGAAAAUGUACGAUAUGUUUUGGAUGGUUUUGAAACAGUGAUCAAAACCAUUCUCGGGAAAGAACCUCAUCUUGUAGACUUGGCAGAACAGCUUGUAAUUUUCAUGGAAGCAAAGUUUAGAGCAGGCACAAAGUCGGUAGAACCAUCGAACGCUGAUGAGGAAAACAAUUCGGAAGAAAAAGCUUUCAAGGAUUUCAAAGCAGAGGUGAUCGCGGAAAUUGAGUCCACACUGGAAAAUUUCCAUGCUAGAUAUUCGGAAGAAAUUUCUGAAGGUGUUGCUAAAAUCAUGAGCUGUAUGAGUUGUACGGAACAGAAAUUAGAGAGCAGUGUGAUACAGCGCAUUGACAGUUUGGGCGAUUUACUUCUCGUCGUUGACAAUAAACAGAAUGAUAUUCAAGCAACCGAGGAAAGAAUGAAGAGUAGGCUUGAUAAUCUUUCUGAAGCAAUGGAGGGCAUUGGAAAUCGGGUCAGUUACGAGGGCGAGGAGUACGCUGCCGAAAUGACAAAUCUUUGGAGAGAUAGAUAUAAUAUAAAAGCGGCAUUACACUAUGUUGAGCAGAUUGGUGGUGAUCAGAUUAGACUUGAAAACAGAAUGCGAAAUAUUGAAGAGCAGUAUGCUAUGCUUGAACAAGGAAUGCGUAACGGAUCAGAGCGACCACUAGAUUACAUACGGAAUAAUGUGUCAUAUCAACCAGUUAACAUGCAGUAUGGUAUACCUUUUCAACCAGUCAGCAUGCAGUAUGGCAUAGCUCCUCAGUCACUCGAUACGCGCUAUGACCUGACUCCUCCACCAGCUGAAAUGAGAUAUGACAUGCUUCGUCAACCAGUUGACAAGCGUCGUGAUAUGUCGCCUCAACCAGUGGACAUGUACCAUGAUAUGCCUGUUCAAUCAGUAAAUUGCAGCCACACGGUGCCAUCAGGAAGACAUUGUGGUCAGUUAGCUCUCAAACAGGACAAUAAGAACAAAGGCCAACGAAAAAAAACUGCUUAUCAUGGAGAGGUAAAAGAAAUCCUGAAAGACGAAAGUGGAACUGGAACUGGAGCAACUGAACAAGGAACAAUGAGCCCCAAGAAAUUACCUGAACUGAAAUUCCCAAAAUUCUAUCCUUAUUAA